GACUUUGAUGAGAGGUUUUACUCACACUAUUUUGAAUUUUGAUACAUUAUCAGAGAGAAAGAGAGAGAGAAAAGGUGGAUGAUGGAGGGCGAGGAAGGAGGAGGCAUAAGGCUGAGCAAGCGAAUCGCGAACGGAGAAGUCGACUACAAGAACAAAUCCGGCACCGCCUGGAGCCACUCCUAUCUCAACCAGAAGCCAUGGCACCCUCUCUCUUACCCCAACCAACGCCGCAAGUGGAUCGCCGAACAAACCCACGCCAAUCGCCAGCGCCGCGCCGACGAAGUCUCUCGCGAGUUCGCGCAGGAGCAAGAGUUCUUUCGCCAAACCGCUCUCAUCUCCAAGAAGGAGAAGGAAAAGGUGGAGCUCAUGCAGGCUGUCAGCUUCAUGUACGUUCGGCCUCCCGGUUACAACGCCGAGAGCGCCAAAGCUGCUGAGAUGAACGAUGAGAAGAAAAAAGAGGACAUCAGCAACGAUGAUGGACCUUCCUCUUCCAUGCCGCAGAGUUCCUCGCAUUUGAAUGAAGAGAAGAAGAAACCAAGGCCCAAGGAUGUCUUCGGGCGUCCUCUUCCGACAGAAGAGGAAUUUGAAGUUCUUAAAAACGCGCCCAGGUUGGAAACAGGAGCUCCUGCCAGGGUCAAACCUUUUGGAGUUGAAGUCCGUAAUGUAAAAUGUUUAAGAUGUGGGAACUAUGGUCACCAAAGUGGUGAUCGUGAAUGUCCCUUGAAGGAUGUUAUAAUGCCUAAUGAGGAAAGCAGAUUGAAAAGAGACGAUCCCUUGAAUGCUAUCCUUGCCCACACAGAUCCUACUGAGCCCCUAAAAUGGGAGCUCAAGCAGAGGCCAGGAAUCAGUCCUCCUCGUGGAGGGUUCAAACCAGAUGAUCCCAACCAGCAGAUAGUUAGUGAGGACAUAUUUGAUGAGUAUGGAGGUUUUCUUGGUAUGGAUAAUAUACCUGAGUUAUUAACCAACUUUUCUAAGAAACCUAAGAAGUCCAAAAAAAGCAAGCACAAAAGGCACCGACAAAUAAAUUCAGAAAGUGAAGUAUCAUUAAACGAAGGAGAGAGGAGGUCUAAGAAAAAAAAGGUUAAGGUAAACAAAAAGAAGCAAGGGUCAAGUUCUUCAGAAACUUCGGACUCCGAAGAAGGUCAUGGAAAGAGGAGGCACAAGAGUUCCCAUUCAUCAGAAGAUUCUGAUAGUUACAGGAAUGAUCGAAGUAGGUUAAAAGGUUCUGACCAGCCUAGGUGUGGUAGGAGUAAACAUGGCAGAAGGUGUUCUUUUUCACCUGAGGAGUCUGAUCCGGAUGGGUACUGCAGAAGUCACAAGAACAGUGAUAAGCUGUGUUAUUCAUCUGAAGACUCUGACAGGGAUGAUCGAAGUAGAAAGAAUAUACAAAAGCAUAAGAGGAAGAAAAGACAUUCUUAUUCACACGAGGAAUCUGGUCAUGCUGGUGAUCAUGCUGAUAAAAAGAGCAGGAAUUAGCUUUCUUAUUCAUCUGAUGAUUCUAAUCACCAGAAACAACCCAAGGUCAAAAGGAGCAGCCAUAAGCAUUUAUCAACAGCCCAUUGCAAUUAUCAACAGCAUAACAGAAAUUAUGGUUUUGAUCGCUACCAAGGAAGUAAAAAUUCGGAUGUCGACAAAGACAAUCAAAAUAGAAGGUUCAAACCACCCAAGGGUUCUGAACUUUCCGAAAGUGAUGUGGAUAAAGAGAAGAACAGAAAAAGGCAUCAUUAUACAUCAAAGGAUUCUAGUGCUGAUGGAUAUCAUAGAAGUGAAAAAAGUAGAUAUGAACGGUUUUAUUCAUCCGAUUAUUCUGAUCAUCGUGAGAGACAUCAUAAACCAAGGAGGAGCUGAUUGCAAAUGAAGCAUUACAGGAAUUACUAGAGCAGGCAGAGUACGUCUUCCUAAAGGAUGCCAAAAUAGUAAACACCAAUGUCAUUUUGAUGUAUUAAAGGGGAAGUAAUAAUUAGUGCACCAAGAAUCAGAAUUUGUUGUAUUAGUCAUGUUAUUUUCCGAAGCACCUUUGUGUAACAGAGUUGGCAUUCCUUUCUUUGUUUAUUUCCCCCUGUUCUAAAUGAAGUUUGCUCUUUUGAGAUUUUAUUCA